AUGCCGGCUAAAGCUGCUCAACCGAAAAAGAAGGAAAAAGAAGCAUCAGGAGGUUCAUCAGGUGGUGGUAAAGCAAAAAAGAAGAAAUGGUCGAAAGGAAAAGUUCGCGAUAAACUUAAUAACAUGGUCUUGUUCGAUAAAGCAACGUACGAUAAAUGUGUGAAAGAUAUGCCACAAUACAAAUUGAUCACUCCGGCAAUUGUGUGUGAACGUUUCAAAGUGCGAGGUUCACUUGCUCGUCAAAUUAUUCGUGAACUUGUUCGUCGUGGUCUCAUCCGUGCAGUUGUUAAACAUAGUCGACAAGAAAUCUACACACGUGCUACGAAAGAAGAUGCACCUGGUGAACAAGACGCAACGAAAGAAGGUCAAAGUGAAAAGAAAGAAGGCGGUGGUGGCAAGAAGAGCGGCAAAAAAGCAGCAAAAGAAGAAGCCGCAGCAGCAGCAGCCGAAGAAGCGAUGCCUUAA